UAAGCUUUGUCAAUCCAUUUACUAUCCUAACCAUAUAUAUUGCUUUUCCUUCCCCUCAAUCGAAACCCUAAUCGUUAUCGCGCCGAGGCUCCGAAGCUAAGCGGCGGCGGCACCGGAACCACCCUCGUCCGUUAAGAUGCAGAUCUUCGUGAAGACACUGACGGGGAAGACGAUCACCCUCGAGGUGGAGUCUUCGGACACCAUCGACAACGUCAAGGCAAAGAUCCAGGACAAGGAAGGGAUUCCGCCUGAUCAGCAACGCCUUAUCUUCGCCGGAAAACAGCUCGAGGACGGUCGCACCCUCGCCGAUUACAAUAUCCAGAAGGAGUCCACUCUCCACCUCGUCCUCCGCCUUCGCGGCGGCGCCAAGAAGCGCAAGAAGAAGACGUACACCAAACCGAAGAAGAUUAAGCACAAGAAGAAGAAGGUCAAGCUCGCCGUGCUCCAGUUCUACAAGGUCGAUGAAGCCACCGGCAAGGUCACCAGGCUCCGGAAGGAGUGCCCCAACGCUGAGUGCGGCGCAGGCACCUUUAUGGCCAACCAUUUCGACCGCCACUACUGCGGCAAGUGCGGGCUCACCUACGUCUACCAGAAGGCGCAAGGUGAGUGAGCGCUACUGCGCUGCUUCUACAUGAAGGUCUCACUAUAUCAACCUGAAAAAACUCGGGGGUUUUUUUUUCUAGAAAAAUAUUAGCAUCAGUUCUUUAUAUUUUGUUAAUGUUUUGAGGACUAAUAUUCAUGGUGAAACCUUGUUUUGAGAUACGAUUUCUUUUGUGAGUUGAUGGCGGAUAAUUAAUUGGUGAUUCUGCUACUA